AUUGCGGGAAUUUUUGACAGUUGUCAAUAAAAACACCGUGAUUUGUAAUUUUCAUCUGAAUUUCUUCGAAUUUAUCGAUUGAUCAGUUGAUAGUUGGUCUAAUUUACCUAUAUUUUAUAAAUAAAAGUGUUUAUAAGAAAACUUAGCUUGCGAUUGGUGAGUUUGUUGUUUCAAGAAGUAGUUGAGAACACAAGUACAUUGUGCGUUAACAUGGCGCUACGGAUGGACAUGUGCGGCCGAUAACGUUCGUCCUUUGUCGUUUUAUACGCUAAUCUAAAUGUAAAACUAUUGUGUUUGUUGAUGUUUCAUGAGCUUAUAGUGUUUGUAACGUUGUAAGGUUAUUACAUAACGGAUUUGCCGUGUCAUAUGUAGAAAUACGAUACGAAUACUGCAAUGGUGAAAACCCGUCGUAGUAAUGGAGAGAACGGGGAGGUUGACGAUGAGAAUUACACUGUAAACGACGGGGGCAGCGUCUCUGAUGAGAAGGGGUCGAAUUGGUCGCAACGCGAAUUACGAAGCAGUCAAUAUAAAGUCGAGAGGAAAAGGAAAAUCGAAAGGUGGCCGAAGAAAUACAGCCGCAGGCGACGGGCUAUUAAAAUGCCUAGACUUGUGUUCCCAGAGAGUGAUACCGAACCAGAAAAAUAUUCGAGGAGAUCGCGUCAAGUGCGAGUGUUCUUUGCGGACGACAAUGACUCUACUAACAAAUGCAUGCGGAUUCGCCGGAGCCGCGGCCCUAGGAAGAACUACGUGGAAGACAGUGAAGACAAACCGAUACAGGACAAUGUUCGUCGCAGCUGUCGCAAGCGCAAGCUGCUGCACCACAACUUCAACGAGAGCUGGAUAACGAACGAGCUGAAAGUGAAGGGUUACCCGGACCUGUACGGGUUCCCAGGGUCGAGCUCCUCCGACGAGUUUACAUCUGGAGACGAGGCCAGGGACACUAGCAAGAAAUUGACACGUAAUCACGCCCCGACCAACACUGAUGAGGACACGCAGCUGUCGAGACAGAGACGAACAUCCGCAAGAUUUAACAGUAAGAAGGUCAAUGAUGACUCAGAUUCUGAAGAUGAGAAUAACCAAACCGUAAUAGAGAAGAAACCGUCCGGAGAAGAUAAUAAAAAAAAUAGUUCAGAAAAUAGGGAAGAGGGUAACACGGAAAACAGGGAUAAUAAAGAUGGUGUUAAGACUGACGUGGACAUGCCGAUGCCGGGACCAGAUAGUGAAAGCAAUCAAGCUCCAUCCAGAUCGAUCAAGCGCAGGACCACCAGAGGGAAACCAAAGAAACCCGACAGCCAGAAUGAAACAGCGUCGGAGUCGUCGUCAUCGGAGUCCGGCAGCGAGCUGACGCUGAGCCGACAGCCGCGACGGUCGAAGCGCACGCGCAAACCGAAACCCGCUUUCGUACAGAUUGCACAGUCUGAAACACGGGGCAGAGCGAAAACAUUUACAAUCAGGAAGAAGCCGUACAGUUUGAGAGAACGAAAGCCGAAUAUCUUGCGCAGGAAGACAAUUAGAGCCCAAUCUCCGUCAAGUACGAGUAGCAGUAGCACCACCUCAAGCUCUGAUACUGAAGAGGACCUAAAUGUUUCUAUGAAAAACAAGACUAAGGGCAGACAAAAGUCAAAAUCAAUGGAUGAUAAGAAAACAGACAGGGCACUGAGAGAUAUACAACCGGUGGAAGUCGACCGCAGCGUGAGGUUCUCUUCGGUCGGCGGCUUAGAAGAACACAUAAGAUGUCUUAGAGAAAUGGUGUUAUUCCCGUUAAUGUAUCCAGACUUGUUCCAAAAGUUUAAAACUCGUCCGGCAAAAGGCGUAUUAUUCCAUGGACCGCCCGGCACGGGGAAGACUCUACUCGCGAGGGCUUUAGCCAAUGAGUGCAGUUUGGUUGGAGGGAGGAAGGUGGCGUUCUUCAUGAGGAAAGGAGCGGAUUGUUUGAAGAAGUGGGUGGGAGAGAGCGAGAGGCAUCUCAAGUUGCUGUUUCAACAGGCGAAUAAGAUGAAACCGUCCAUAAUAUUUUUCGACGAGAUUGAUGCGCUGGCGCCGGUGCGGAGCGUUCGUCAGGAGCAAGUACACACAAGUGUUGUGGGAACGCUACUUGCAGAGAUGGAUGGAUUGUGUGACAGAGGCGAAGUGGUGAUAAUAGGCGCCACCAACCGCCUGGACGCGGUGGACCCGGCGCUGCGGCGCGCGGGCCGGUUCGACCGCGAGCUGCACUUCGCGCCGCCGCGCACCGCCGCCAGGAAGGACAUCCUGCACAUAUACACCAAGCACUGGGACCCGCGCCCCAGCGACGACACCAUCGACCAGAUCGCGGAGCUCACGGGAGGGUAUGGAGGUUCUGAUCUCAAAGCGUUGUGUUCGGAGGCGGUAUUAAAGGCGCUGCGGAGAGUGUACCCUCAAGUUUAUGAAAGCGAAUACGCCUUACUUAUCGAUACCAAAAACGUGGAGGUGACGAAGGAAGACCUAGUGGAGGCAAUGCACUGCGUGGUGGCGGCCGGCGCGCGUUGCCGACCCCUCGCCGCGCGCCGCCUCUCUGCGCGUGCGCUGCCGCUGCUCGGCGCGCAGCUCGCCGCCGCCGCGCACCUGCUGCACAACGCGCUCGGCGACCGGAUCGGAGACGCCCUAUCAUCCAGCGUGUUGCUCAUCAGCGGUGAAUGCGCAGACACGCACGUAGCCCCGGCCCUGCUCGCUGAGCUGGAGAAUUGCACCGUCGUAGAGCUCAGCAUGUCGACGUUACACUCGGCGCAUACGUUCACGCAGGAACAAGCGCUUAUAUCUGUGUUCUCGGAGUGCCGGCGCGCGGACCGCGGCUGCGUGCUGCUGGUGCGCGACGUGUGCGCCGUGUGGGCGGCGCUGGCGGGCGCGGGCGGCGCGAGCGCGGGCGCGGCGCUGCUGCUGCAGCUGUGGCGCGGCGCCGCGGGCCACCGCACCACGCUGCUCGCCACCACGCCGCUGCCGCACGAGGACCUGCCGCCGGAGCUCCACGACCUGUUCCCGGUGUACAAAGACUGCGUGUACCGCGUGAGGGAGCCGUACGCGUCGGAGGUGAUCGGGUUCCUCAAGCCGGUGGUGGCGGAGGCGCUGCUCGACCCGCCGCCAAUAGAGAACCACGAGCCCCCACCCCCAUUGCCAAGAGCGCCGCCGCCGCCGCCGCCGCGCGAGAGCCCGGACGAGCUGGCGCGGCGCAAGCGCAAGGAGGACUACAAGCUGCGCGAGCUGCGGAUAUUCCUGCGCGACAUCUGCAGGAAGCUCGCCUCCAACCGCCGCUUCUACAAGUUCACCAAACCCGUUGACUUGGAGGAGGUGACCGACUACUUGGAGAUAGUGAAACAACCAAUGGACCUGGAGACCAUGAUGACCAAAGUGGACAUGCAUAAAUACAACUGCGCCAAGGAGUUCCUGGAUGACAUAGAUCUGAUAUGCGCAAACGCGCUCGAGUAUAACCCGGACAGGGCUAGAGGGAUGUAUAGGACGUCAUCAGACAAGCAGAUACGUCACGAGGCGUGUUCCCUGCGUGACCAUGCGCACGCGCUGAUCGAUGUAGAGAUGGACAGCGACUUCGAGCUCGAGUGUCAAGAGAUCGCGCGGAAACGGAAGGAGGAGGGGGACGAGGCGGACAACGAUUUGCCCGACUUUAUAUACACGGCUUCUAAUUUACCGCAAGGUCUAGACUCGCUCAUGAACAACAGCGAGAGCAAAACCCCUCGCACCUCGCAGAAUGGUGACAAGAACGACGCGCACUCCGCCAAGCGGAAACGGAGGCGGAUGAACGCGUGGUCCAAGGGGCUGGUCGUCAAGCGGCCUAGGACUUCGCAGAAGAUGUCUCCAGUCCAAAACUUCAAGGACAACAGCCUCGGGAUCACAGACGAAGAGUGUAAGGAGAACAAGCCGAUCACGUCGACGCCGCUGUUGCCGCCGUCCUCACCUUCGGGUUCAGAUGACGACGCGCCGUUGCGCCGCAGACAAGAUGCUUGCGCCUGCGCACCGCACCAUACACAGCGACAGUACGCCGCGCCUGAUAGUCCAACAAGACCAACGGAAAAAUCUCCAGCUAAAACGUCACCAAAGAAGCGUAAUUCAGGACAUGACACUGCCAGCGGAGACGCAGACAAAGUACUGAUAAACAAGACUGAGUUAGAAAACAUUGUAUAUAAGAACGCGAAGGCUCUGAGGAGCAUCGGUCUCACUGCCCUACUCGACCUGCACACGCAGCUAACGAAAGUCGUACGAAGCUACGCGCACAAGUACGACCGCUCCAAACUGCCCCAAGAACUUAACACCGUGGUCAACAGGUACUUACAUCUAGCUAAAAAGUGAAUUAGAAUGUAGAUUGGCUGUUGUCAAUGGUUUUCUGAUCGAUUUUUUUGUGUAUCGAUUAUCGAUUUCACGUAAACGAUUAUGAGGUUGUGUGGUUACAUAGAUUUUUAGGUCUGUUUGAAUUUCGAUAUCGUUGCGUUAUCGAAUGUUAGAUGAAUGUUGGUUGUAAUUUAUUGUAGUAAAAUAGUUCGAUAAAAUGCUUAGAAGUUUUUGGGGAAAACGAUUGUUCUAAUUGUGACAUUGUAGGUUAAAAUCUUCAUAAAUAUAAUAUUUCCGCAAUUGAAAUUUACUGCUGGGCAGCUGAAAUAAAACUUGAUUGCUUUUUGAAUCCACAUGAUACGUAAUUUUCGAAUAAGAUUUUUCUUAUGAAGACUGAAUAACUUCAAGGAUAGAAAGGCAUAGAAAUUUACUUGUGUUCGAAUGGAAUGUCAACUUGACAUUUGUUUAGACGGUUAUCAUUGUAAAAGACAUUAUUGUGUGUACUAACAUAGUUCAAAUUUUGUAUCAUAACUUAUUUGCGUAAUAAUAAAACUUAUCUGCCGCGCGGCGUCGAUAACUAACGUCUAGUCCUCUCUACUUAUUUUCGAAUUAUUAUCGAUAAAUGAUGUAUAGUUUUCUGAAUUUUGUUUGUGACAGAAAAUUAUUGACAGCAAGCCAACGAUAGGGUAUCGAUAGUUUUGGAAUGAAGCAUUCCUUACAUAUGUCUGUGUGCCGCAGUAAUUUGUAUGAUUUUGAUUUUGUAUGAUUAUGAGUAUCGGAAAUUACUUGUUUGGACUUUAAGGGUGGGUUUAGAUUGGCGAACGCGCGGUAUGUGCUUACUGCAACUGUACACUGUGUAAGAUGCCUUAUUCGGCCCAGCAACAAAUAAUAUCGCGUCCUCGCUAAUGUAGAUGCACAUGUAGGAUCAUAAUAUCAAUUAUUUAUUUUAGUUAGGCUCAAAUGGACGUGACUGUGCGGUAAUGAUUUAUAAAAUGUCUCGGAUUCAUUUGUUGAGUCUGUAUUAUCAUUCGAAUUUAUUUAAGGACGAUUAAUUAGGAAUUAAAGAAGCCUCUUUGAACUACGCUAGUGUUAAUCGAUUGUUUUGUUUAAAUCGAAUUGUCUAAAUAAACUCGUUAUUGCGUUGGCUGCGAAUAAAUUCUAGAAUCGUUAUCUGGAUUAUCGAUUAAUGGUUUAACAAAUUUUUUUCAUAAUUUUUCUAAAUUAUUUAUCUAUAAUUUAAAUGAAUAAGCCUCAGUAAUUCAGUUGCGGCUGUUCAUUCCCGCACAUCGUCCGGUUACCUUCGAAUCGCUGUCGUCACGGCAGUUAAUAGUAACUAAAAAUAUUUUACGACAAUGAAACGAUUACCAUUCCUAAUGAGCCAAAUUGUUUGUGAUGUUAACUGAUGUACAAUUAAAAUGAAUUCUGCUGACGUUUACAGAUAAAUCGAUGUUGGUUUGUAUAUUAAGGUAUAAUAAAAAUGAUUUUCAGUGCUUAGAAAUAGUGUCGAUAUUCGAUAUAUUUAAAUAUGUAACGUAUAUGGAUAUAGUAUGCAGAAUAAUCGUUUCAUUUGCUUUUAUUUAAAUAAUCGAUAAGUACUAGUGAUGUGAAUUCUGCUGAAUGUAUAUUUGGACGGGAAUUUUUGCUUAAUACUCGUUCUAUAGAGCUUAUUCGAUGAUGUGACAAAUAUUAAAAAUCGAUUGGAUUUUCCUAUAUGAAUGAAUUUUAUGUUUACUGCUACGUCUAUCCCAAGAAACACGCACAAUGCACAUUAGAUUUCAUAAUUAUCGCCUUCUGGGACCAAAGUAGUGCUGUCUCUCUCUGUCUCUGUUUUACUUUUGAAGCCGUGUUUAUGUUCUUCUGCUUUAUAACUAGUGUGUAACACUUAAUCAUUCAAAUAAAAUAGUAACAAAUACCUGUUAUGUCGAUAGUAAUGAAUUAUUUCGUUAGUCCACUUUAGCCAUUCACGGGUCAUAUUAUCGACAAAAGAAUGUGUAUAAAAUCGAUUAGUCUACUUGUAUCGAUACACAUAGGAUUAAGAAUCGACUAUUAAAUAAUAGUCGCGAACGUUGCCCGCAUUUAAUACUAAAUAAAUAAUAUAUUCACGUCGAUAUGUUAAGAAUUACUUUAUCUUUCAACGUCAUCAGCAUUCGGUUUCAAAUCUAGGUUAGGUUUAAGCUGUUUUAAGAAAUUGCCCACUGGACUGUGAUAUGAACGUACAUGGAGAAUGAAUAUAGUAUUGUAAAUAAAAGUUUACUUUGUAACGCGGUUUUUAACCGUGUUCCUCAUUGGGUGUUACAUUUCUCUCCCAGUGUUACCUGUUUAUAAAUAAACAACUUUUAAUGUUGGCAACUUCGAAAUUUAAAUACAAUUUGGCUUUUUAGGCGUGAAAAUUUGCACUGAUUAUAUUUUUCAUUAACAAAAAUAUUGUUUUUAAUAAACGUACCAAAUAAGCUUAUAAUAUUCUGCUUACGCUAGAUGUAAGGUUGUACUAACAUAUAGAUAAUUUCAUUUAAUAAAUUAUUGUUAUUGUAUGACAUUUAGUAUUCAAAAUUUAUUUAGGAACUAACACGUAUCGAUACUAGAUUAGCGAUUGGUCCGAAUGGACUUUUCAAUAAUCGAUUCGAAUUAUUGCGAAUGAAUGGUUUUACUGUAAUAGACAAAUCACACUGCCUACGUGAGCGUGUUUAUUGAUGUGUGCUGAAAAAUUAAAAACGAUUUUGAAAUUUAUUAAUAUUGACAUUAGAUUAAAUUUGACAUGUAUGUAUUGAUGUUCUUAUCUGCUGCCACUUGUAGUAUAAUUCUGUGAAAGUAUUCGUUCAGUAAUAUGGAUAUUUUCUAUGUCUUGCGUAUUUGAUAUUUGAAUAAUCUCAUUUUUUGUAAAAUUUCUACUAUAAUUGGUUUCAACCAUAUACAGUUAUAAUUACCAAAAGAAACACUGUACCGAAAUUAUCUCAAAUGAUACGCAUUACAAUAAAAUAAAUUACGCAAGAAUAGAGUAUAUCUAUAAAAAGAAAGGAGGCUGUCCGUCGUGUUCUAUUGUUUACACGCGACUUAACAACCGUUCGUUUUAAAGUUCUGACAGAAUUAAGUACUUAAAAACUCCGAACAAAUUUCUAAAUCGGUUAUAGAAAUGCUUAUUAAAAUGGACAUUGAAUUUAUUCGCAUUUGAAAAAAGAAAAGUAGACUAAAGAGAAUAUAGUAUUGGUGUGAUUUAUUCUUUAAUGAAAAGUAUUUGGUUUGUAUAUCGAAUACACGAAUGUCAUUGUUUUGUUAUUUAUGUAAUAUUUGUCAUUUUAUUAAGUGUUUUAUUAAUAAAAAAAUGAAUAAAGUGUCUGCAAAGUUUCUUUAGUCUACAUAUUUUCUUGAGAAAAUAUCAAAUCACAUAUUCACAAGUACAGUGUGCAAAACAGAUGCAAUAAAUUCUAUGUACUAAACAAAACAGUGUGAUAUUUAUGAAUUAAAUAGAAAAUUAUGUCAUACAACAAAACAGUUACCUCAGUCCGACUAAGAAACUACGUCUACGUGUCACAGUCAUGCACUAUUAUUUAUAAUUCGCUGGUACCGUCAGCAAAGCAGUUCUUACGGUGAAUUUACGAAAAGCCGUACGGGUGAUUCCAUCAAAAGUUAUAAUUAAUCUAUACUAUUAUAUAAAGCUGAUAUAUAAUAUUUAAAAGGCGUUAAACAUAAUUAAAGCUUGUCAUAUUCGCUCCGAUGUCAUGUUUCGAGUUUCGGUGUAAAAUAACAUAGGCAUUCGAGUGAUGCAACGUUUCUCGAAAGUCGACAUUGUAACUGGACAGUACUUUACCAGCGCCCCUAAAAUGUAGCACGAACGUUCAAGUUAUUUGAUUGUGAUUGGUCGAGACAGCAACGCGUGGGUCACAUGUCUUUCGACCAAUCACAAAUGUUUGUGCAAUAUUUUAUGCCCAGUUCAAGGGAGACUUGUAUAGUAUUGUCUCAAAAAAAAAACCCUUAAAGUUGCGAAGUGAAAUAAUGAAGUUGUAAAUACUAGUACGACUGUGCGUAGACGCAUCUUGUAAUAUAAACAUUCGAAUUUCUAACGCUAGGGUAAGUAAAUCAAACCAUGUUAUUAACACUGUCCUGUGUAACAGAAUUCCCUAUACGUAAAGCACAAUCUGGUUCCAAAAAUAGGUUGGAUUUGAUUGGUGACAGAGAUCACGUGAUAUAACUAGAUUUUGCCCGCGGCUUCGUCCGCACGGUAUUCGGUUUGUGGUAAAUAAAAAGUAGCCUUGGAGUUGAAGCUUACUCAGUACCAUAUAUCAUCAAUAUCGGUUAAAUGAUGUAGCCAUGAAGAACAAGAGAAUACGAAAUAAUAUAAAAAAUAUUCAAGUCACUCUCCUAGUUCAGACCCAAAACAAAUCUAGUUCGGACGUACUCUAGCAGUAACUCAGUAACUAAAUGAGUCUGAAUACCGAAAAUGUAGUCAAGUAGAUUACUAUAGACACGUUAAUUACUAAAUUACUCGCUGGUCGAAUAAAAUGCAAGCGUAGUCCGAACUAGGCUGAAUAAGUUACUGGCUCAAAAGACUAGUAGCCAAACACAAAUAAUAAAAGUUAUUCUGGUUAUAAUAGUCAUGUGUUCUAAAUUCAUAUAGGUACACAGUGUAAUAUUAAUAAUAUUUAGCAUUAACUAUCUUUAAGUAGAUAAAUUUGCGAUAAAUGCUUAGUAAUUUUAGUCCAUAAUAUAGUUGAUUACUCACUUGAUUUUUCUUGUUUGUAAAAACUUUUCCAGUAGCUGAAAAUGUACAAUUUAUAUAUAAUCUUUUCGUUUCUAUAUCUUCUGUCGGAAGUUACCAACCAAACUACAAAGCAAUAAAAGUACAAACAGAAAAUUUAAACAAAUUAAAACGCGAAUAAAUACUAUGAUAAAAUUAGUAUCGAACAAAUUAUAGCUUACUUUAUUAUAUAUUAUGAAGUCAGCUUCAAAUGAGUGUAUACGCGAAUAACGACCAAAUAAGUCUAAACGAAGCAAAGUAAUUAAUAUCUAAUGUCUUCCUGCUAACGUAUAUAUUCAUUUGAAGCUGUAUGUGUUUUUAAGAUCAAUUUAAUUAAUAGGUAAUUACUAUUUUGGUCUGUCGCCGAAUCAAAUCCAGCCUCCGUACUCUAUGUAAAACUAUGCUUGCAUUUGCUCAACACAGAAGUGACUCGACGCUCACGAUAUCCACCGUAUAAAUUAGUGUAUAAUUUUAUAUUUAUAAAAUUACAAUUAUUAAUUAAACUGAAAAUAAAAGGGUAUGAUUACAUGUGAUAUUA